UCUACUUUAUUCCACGAGGAAACUCCCUACAGAUCGUAAUUGUUGUCUUCCCACAAUGAAAAAAAGAGGAAAUUCCCGUGUUCCUCUAUCUAUACAAGACGUUUUUUUUUUGCGGGUAUCUAUACAAGACGUUGGCGCAGUCAGAGCUAAGAAGUUGUAAGAAAUCUGCUGACUAGAGAGAAGAAGUUGUAAUCGUUAAAGGCUAAUUUAUUAACAGGUUAUGCCCAAAGAAAACCUGGUACAGAAAAAUAGCCUAACAGUAUGGACCAGAAGUAAUGGCCGUCUCUAGAUUAGCUAAUCAACUUAUAGUUAACUAAGAGCAGAAAAAUAAUCAAACGUUGGCCGGUCAUUCUCACAUGUGCAGCAAGCGCACGUACAAGCAACAAGAAUUUUAUACCAGAAGUACUUUACCGCUACGCAGGAGCCUCUUUCUACUCACUACUUCGUGCAAGCACCGUAUCUCACUAUCCCCAAUACUUAAUUACGUAAAGGUAACUAUAUAUGCCACCUAGUUCCAUUUGUUAAACCAAAGCGAACCACACACAUACUGCAUACUACAGUUAGUUGCUAGCAAUACACACAUCAUUUGGUCAACAUGGCCAUCCCACCAAAGGUUUUGCUCCUUGCCAUCCUCGGUUGCCUCUGCCUCUGUAGUUCAGUUCUAGCAGCUCGUGAGCUCAGUGAUGACUUGUCUAUCGUAGCAAGGCACGAGAGUUGGAUGGCCCAGUACGGCCGUGUGUACAAGGAUGCCACUGAGAAGGCUCAGAAGUUUAAGGUGUUUAAGGCCAAUGUCGAGUUCAUUGAGUCCUUCAACGCCGAGAACCACAAGUUCUUUUUGGGCGUCAAUCAAUUUGCUGACCUCACCAACGGGGAGUUCAAGAUGACAAAGGCUAACAAAGGAUACAAAGCGAGCUUGGGGAGUGCUCCCACGGGAUUCAGGUACGAGAACGUGAGCUUGGAUGCACUUCCGGCAACAGUAGAUUGGAGGACGAAGGGUGCGGUCACUCCCAUCAAGGAUCAGGGUCAAUGUGGUUGUUGUUGGGCAUUUUCUGCUGUUGCUGCAACCGAGGGCAUCGUCAAGCUAAAAACUGGCAAGCUUAUCUCUUUAUCGGAACAAGAGUUGGUAGAUUGUGAUGUCCACGGUGUGGACCAGGGCUGUGAGGGCGGGCUCAUGGACGAUGCGUUCAAGUUCAUCAUUUCAAACGGUGGCCUUACUGGUGAGUCUAGCUACCCAUAUACGGCAGAAGAUGGAAAGUGCAAGAGUGGAUCCAAAGAUGCCGCCACCAUCAAGAGCUACGAGGAUGUGCCGGCCAACAAUGAAGGUGCCCUCAUGGCGGCUGUCGCGAACCAACCUAUUUCGGUAGCCGUGGAUGGUGGUGACAUGAUGUUCCAAUUUUACAAAGGUGGAGUGAUGACUGGUUCUUGCGGCACUGACCUAGACCAUGGCAUUGCAACUAUUGGCUAUGGAAAGACGAGUGAUGGCACAAAAUAUUGGUUGUUGAAGAAUUCGUGGGGAACAACAUGGGGAGAGAAUGGGUAUUUAAGAAUGGAGAAGGACAUUUCUGACAAGAGAGGCAUGUGUGGUCUUGCCAUGGAGCCUUCCUACCCUACUGCGUAG